GGGGCGCGGACUCGUCACUCGCGCUGUGAAUCGUGAACGAGGAAUUUCUUCGUUUGUCCUACGGACAGAAAUUUUACGAGGCUUUCCAAGUAAUUAUUAAGAGAAUCCGAAGAAAAUGGCGAAGGCACCCGCAGUCGGUAUUGAUUUAGGCACAACUUACUCGUGCGUUGGCGUCUUCCAACAUGGCAAAGUCGAGAUUAUCGCCAACGAUCAGGGCAACCGCACGACGCCCAGUUAUGUAGCCUUUACGGAAACCGAACGUCUCAUCGGAGACGCCGCCAAGAAUCAAGUCGCCAUGAAUCCUAAUAACACCAUUUUCGAUGCCAAGAGAUUGAUUGGACGUCGCUUCGAAGAUCCGACAAUCCUCGCUGACAUGAAACAUUGGCCCUUUACCGUAAUAAAUGAUAGUGGUAAGCCAAAGAUUCAAGUACAAUACAAAGGAGAGACGAAGACUUUCUUCCCUGAAGAAGUGAGUUCGAUGGUCUUAGUAAAAAUGAAGGAAACUGCAGAGGCAUAUUUAGGCAAGACUGUCACUAACGCUGUGAUCACCGUCCCCGCUUACUUCAACGACUCGCAGCGUCAGGCAACUAAGGACGCUGGUACUAUCUCGGGCUUAAAUGUAUUGCGUAUUAUCAACGAGCCCACCGCCGCCGCGAUUGCAUAUGGUCUCGACAAGAAGGCCACCGGCGAACGGAACGUCCUUAUCUUUGAUCUCGGUGGUGGCACUUUCGACGUGUCCAUCCUGACCAUCGAAGAUGGUAUCUUCGAGGUCAAGUCUACGGCUGGAGAUACUCAUUUGGGUGGCGAGGACUUCGAUAACCGUAUGGUUAAUCAUUUCGUGCAGGAAUUUAAGCGUAAAUACAAGAAAGAUUUAACUUCAAAUAAACGCGCACUUCGUCGUCUUCGCACGGCCUGCGAACGUGCCAAGCGUACCCUGUCAUCCUCCACCCAGGCCAGCAUCGAGAUCGAUUCAUUGUAUGAAGGAAUCGAUUUCUACACCUCCAUCACCCGAGCUCGUUUCGAGGAACUCUGCGCCGAUCUUUUCCGCGGUACUCUUGAACCUGUUGAAAAAUCGCUGCGCGACGCCAAGAUGGACAAAGCCCAAAUCCACGAUAUCGUUUUGGUCGGAGGCUCUACACGAAUUCCCAAGAUUCAGAAGCUCCUGCAAGACUUCUUCAAUGGCAAAGAGCUCAACAAAUCUAUCAAUCCUGAUGAGGCUGUGGCAUACGGCGCGGCAGUACAGGCGGCUAUCUUGCACGGUGAUAAAUCCGAGGAGGUGCAAGACUUGCUUUUGCUCGACGUCACUCCGCUCUCUCUGGGUAUUGAGACUGCCGGUGGUGUCAUGACCGCGCUCAUUAAGAGGAAUACCACCAUCCCGACGAAGCAGACUCAAACCUUCACAACUUACGCCGACAAUCAACCUGGCGUGUUGAUUCAGGUAUAUGAAGGUGAGCGCGCCAUGACCAAGGACAAUAAUCUACUGGGCAAAUUCGAGCUUAGCGGUAUUCCACCAGCACCUCGUGGAGUUCCUCAGAUUGAGGUGACAUUCGACAUUGAUGCGAACGGUAUCCUCAAUGUCUCCGCUGUGGACAAGUCUACUGGAAAGGAGAACAAGAUCACUAUUACCAACGACAAGGGUCGACUCAGCAAGGAGGAUAUUGAAAGAAUGGUGAACGAGGCAGAGAAAUACCGCAGUGAGGACGAGAAGCAGAAGGAAACGAUCUCCGCCAAGAAUGGUCUCGAGUCUUACUGCUUCAACAUGAAGAGCACAGUCGAGGAUGAGAAGCUGAAGGACAAGAUCAGCGCGUCAGACAAGCAAACUAUCCUGGACAAGUGCAAUGACAUCAUCAAGUGGCUCGACGCUAACCAGCUGGCCGACAAAGAGGAAUACGAACACAAGCAGAAGGAGCUCGAGGCCAUCUGUAACCCCAUCGUUACGAAACUGUAUCAGGGUGCCGGUGGUAUGCCCGGUGGCAUGCCAGGUGGUUUCCCUGGAGCUGGCGGCGCCGCUCCCGGUGGAGCACCCACCAGCGGCGGUGCAUCUGGACCCACCAUUGAGGAAGUCGACUAAAAAGGAUCAUCCCUGGCUUUAUCUCGCCACUGCCCAUCACCAUGGUCAUCCUCUGCGCAAUACGCAUUCUUUGAUAAAAAAAAAUAUAGGAAUAUGAUUAAGAAAAAAAAACGAAUGAACGAA